UGGCGCCAGCACUCCGGUUUCGCUGUUUUAAGAGCAGGAAGAAGCGAAAGCGAGUAUGUGCGAUGACGGCUAAGUGAAUCGUGUUUGUUUUUGUCCAUAAUUUAAUAUCAUAUAACCAUUUCCUCGCAGCGUUUGGAAGCGACGUUGAGCUGCCUGUAACGAUGUCGAGCCGCAGCGCCUUUCACACGCAGCUUGCUUCCAUCAUGGAGGUGCUGGCCAACGCGGCCGUGGCGGAGAUCUGCCGGCUAGUGGACGAUGGUUACGCGGAGUUACGCCUGGAGAUGUGCCGGUGUAAGACGGAGAACCGGGAGCUGAGGAGGCGGCUGCAAAUGGCUGGCUGCGGGGCGGCAAGCGGAGUGGACCCGACCCCGGCAGACGAAGAGGCGGUAUUAAGGGAACAACUGGAUUUUAGCUUCAGGGAAGAUCCGCAGGCUGCCGACGGGGCCGGGACGAGCCCUCUCCGGCCCAUCCUCAUCGUAGACCAGGAAGACACAUCAGACUUGUCCAAAAUCAAAAAGGAGAUGCUGGAAGAGGACUUGCCAAAAUCCAUAAAUAUUUGUGGCCAAAGUAAUUUCUGCAUGGAGGGACCAGAAACGGAUGUUGGUGAAUCACUCACCGAUUUAGACAGCUGUGCCUCCACCACGCGGGGCACAGAAGUGUUCGGAGACCUGGAUGGGACCGGAGCCAUGGAGCUCACACACAUGGAGCUGAGUGGCCCUGGGUUGCCGGUGAUUAAGAAGGAGGCAGCUGCUGAAGCCAUGGGGGACGCAGGACUUGGUGAAGCAGGGCGGCUCGCUCAGGACAGAGACGUGCAGCUUGACGCUGAAAAGACGACAGCUACACUCAAACAGACUCAUCUUGCAUGUGUGGAAAACGCAGAAGAUCGAGCUCAGCGCCAAAGAGCCAUGUGCACCUUUAAGGACGAUCUCAAAGCUGAGGCUGUGCUCAGUGUUGCCCCCGUGAGGCAAGGAGAAGGUCAUGCACCCUGGGGAGGAAGCACCCACAGGGACCAGGAGGACUAUCUGGACUGUACAAGAAACUGUGAAACAGCAUCUGGCAUCACCCAAGGUUUCAAACUGUUGGAAAUGGAAGGCGACGAAAGGGAUUGCAGUGCGAACAGUCACUUUGGGAACAGGCUCAGUGACCGUGACGCUGUUGGGCUCAAAGCAGAGCCUGCGAGACAGGCUGCAAGUCACAAUCUCCUAUACAGAGCAUCCCGGCAAAGAGCAGAGGUUUUGAACAGAGGGGGCUCUGGCCGUCCACUGAUUGGCAGGAACCUUCAUUGUGGACCUUUUGCUACGCAACAGGCCAGUAAUGCCAUGACUGAGAGGGCAGGGCAUGCAGCUGGAGAUCUGGCCUCUGGAAGCCCCCAGUUCAUCAAGUGCUCACAAAUGAAGGGAUCCCACACUGCCAGCGAAAGUUUCACCCCAUCAAGCAUUGCUGGAAAGUCCAGCAGAGGCAGUUUGAAAAAGAGGCACUUUCUGUGUAUGUUUUGUGGAAAGGAUUUUGCCUAUAGAAAUGUCCUUAAGACACACCUGAGAAUUCACACAGGUGAAAAACCAUUUAGCUGUUUGCAUUGCGGGAAGAAAUUUGCUGGUUCGAGCAAUCUGAAAAAACACCAAAAUGUUCAUACUGGAGAAAAACCAUUCAGCUGCCUGCAGUGUGGGAAGAGCUUUUCUGAUUCAAGCACCUGUAAGAGGCACCAGAGUGUCCACACUGGAAACAAACCAUUCAGCUGCCUGCAGUGUGGAAAGUGCUUUACUCGUUUAUGCUACCUUAAAAAGCACCUCAAGCAAAUUCAUCUGAUGCAUGUGCCAUUCGUAGUGGAGACAGGUGCCGAAGAAACAGUGUCGCGGGUGUACACGGUGAGACGCGCUGCUCGGGUUCCCGCAGCCACCAUGUCGGGCUGCGACCGUUUUUACGCGCAGCUCGGCUCCAUCAUGGAGGAGCUAGCCAACGCGGCCGUGGCGGAGAUCUGCAAGCUGGUGGACGAUGGAUACACGGUGCUGCGCUUCGAAAUAUCACGCAGCCAGAAGGAGAAUGAGGAGCUGAGGACGAAGCUGCGGCUGAUGGAGAUACAGGCGUCACUGGAGCGCAGCAAGACGCCGGGAGCUCUGGAGGAAGCAGUUGAGGCAGCUCCGAGGGGCAGAGAGCCUGCAAAUGGUCAUAGAGAACAACAGCCAUCUACAGAAGAUGUCCCAGGUCUGGAGGUCAAUGGAGAUCCCGUAAUGACAGCGGGGGAGGAUGUUCGAGUGCAGCCACUUAUAUUGACGGAGUCAGUAAACCUGGAAGUCGGGGAGCAUAAGAUACUUCAGAUCAAGGAAGAGGGAGCUGAGGGGGACGCGGCCGACGCUCAGACAGGGCUGAAGAGCAGGAAGGAGGGUCAUAUAAAGUCAGGGACAGAUUCUGUAGAUGGAUUUACACUUUCAAAAAAUAAACAGAACAGGAGCCAGCACACGUUUCACGACUGCGCUGGAUCAGAGGUUAUCCUUAAGGAAGAUCCGGAAAUGGAGGCUUUGAACCAGGGGUUUGAACAUCAUGGAUGUGAACAAAGUGUAGGAGGCAUAGACAGCUUUGACCCUGAUUAUUUGAUGCAUGAGAAAUUACAUCAGCGGAAGUUUGUGUUGCAAGAAAAAACUGAUCUAGAUGUUGCUGAUCCAUUUUGCUCAUUUGUUACUGAUGCUGGAUCAGAGAAGCUGUCAUUCCACUCAAAGCUGCUGCCAGUUUCCAUCACUCCGCAAGACGUAGGAGACGAUGUCUCUUCUUUCAAGUCAUCCCAGGGGAAGCCAACUGUACUGAGUGACUCGGUACCAGUGAGGGACUGUGAGAUGAGCUCUGAGGUGAACAGAAGGACCACCAGAGGAAAAGUUACGAAACAUAAUGGACUUCAGACUGAUGACAAUGGCAGUGAUGUUAAUCCUUUCGAUACACUGUCAGAAAACAUGAAGCCCCAUUAUGGAGUUAACUUGAGGGAGAAAAGGUUCUUCUGUAAAUACUGUGGUAUGGGAUUCAGUUUUCACAAUAAGUUGGAAAUGCAUGAGAGGCGUCACACCGGUGAGAAGCCCUUCAGCUGCCUGCUCUGUGAUAAGCGCUUCCGGCAGCCGAGUUAUCUGAAAGUGCACCAGAGGGUUCACACCGGCGAGAAGCCCUUCCGGUGCCAGCACUGUGGGAAGUGUUUCGGGCAGUCAGGUUACCUUAAUGUACACCAGCGAAUCCACACUGGCGAGAAGCCGUUCAGCUGCACACAGUGUGGCAAAAGCUUUACUCGCUCCAAUCAUCUUAAAAGACACCAGAGUGUUCAUACUGGAGAAAAAUCACUUAAAUUUGCAUCAUAGGGAUGCCUUGUUAGUUUCAUACAACAUAUAGUGAAUGUACUGCAUAGAUUUCAGUUGGCUAUGUUUCUCCCAUUAAACUCUCUGAGAUAGAAGAGAGCAUGGGAUAUGUUCUGGUUUAAUUUGCUCUUUUUAAUCGCACUUGCUGAGUGUGGUGCGUAAUUCUUAAAAUGUGUAUGAAAAAUUCUCUCUUUAGCAUAACUAUAAAAAGGGAUUGCUCAGCAAAGAUGGCCUCAGAAAUUGUGCCAGUGUAGUUGUAGGGCAACGUCACUUAAGACAGAGCUCCGCCUUCUAGCCUGACACGCCGCCAUGUAUGCCAACCUUCUGUCCAUCCAUCCAUCCAUCUGUCUGUCUGUCUUCCAGUCGCAAGGAAGGUGGUAACCUUGGUUCCAAAUGAAAAUUGAAUUAAUUACCCUGGAUUAAACUGUUAGUGAAAAAACAACAGCACAGUAUUUUAGACACUGCAUUUUAGUUGUCAUGCCGAUAAAAAAAAUUGUGAAAUUCAACCACAUUCUGUUUUGUUUGUUUUAUAAUUCAUUGAAUAAGUACCAUUAUUACAAGUGUAAGUUCAUGUUUUAUACAUGUUUAAACAGGUAGUGAUUAAGUAAGCAGUCAGUGAGAGCAACAUUUUAACCCUGUUAGUGUAAGCCAAGUUAUGAGUCAUAAUCACCCGCCUAUUUGUUAAAAGUUAUUAAAAAUAUUUCUUUAUACCUGAGGGCAUCUUUAAUAAGAAAUUAACGGAUUUACAGGUUCCAGUCUAGAGUGACAUAUUUAUUGUAAAAUAUUGCUUUGUUGGCAAAUGCUUUGUUAUUACAUAUAUCCAUGUAAAGUAUGUCACAAUUAGUUCACAUCAGUCUUUAUGAAAAGGUCAUUUAUUUGAUUGAUUGAAUAUAAGAAAUCCUACUCAAGCAUUUGGAAGAUGGAUUGGUGUGUGUGUGUGUGUGUGUGUGUGUGUGUGUGUGUUUCUCACUGUUUUUGUGGUUACGUAUGUGUUUUAUUGACUACUCGUACACUUAUAUUUGUUUAAAAAAUGUGUAUACAUACUAAUGAGAAUAUUGUGUGUUAUUUAAUAAUUAAAAGCAUUUAAACCUG